GGAAGUUGAAAGAAGUGGGAGAGGGAGAUCGCGGAGCCUUAUGAAAUCUAACGUUAUAGUAGCUGGCUGGGUGCUCUACACACUGUGAACAGACUCUGAAGUGCAGCACAUACUGUCCUGGAGGCACUAUUCAUAUAACUAGGUUCCUCUUUUUGGCAUUUUCUACGGUUUUUCACAGUCCAUCAGCAUCCAGGGAAGGAGACCAGACAGUGUGACAUGGCAAGUAGAGGUGGAGCCACACGACCCAACGGGCCAAAUGCAGGCAACAAGAUUUGCCAGUUCAAACUUGUGCUUUUAGGAGAGUCAGCAGUGGGAAAGUCAAGUCUUGUACUUCGUUUUGUCAAGGGUCAGUUUCAUGAAUUCCAAGAGAGCACAAUCGGAGCUGCCUUCUUGACUCAGACGGUAUGUUUGGACGACACAACAGUCAAGUUUGAAAUCUGGGACACAGCUGGUCAGGAGCGCUACCACAGUCUGGCUCCCAUGUACUACAGAGGUGCCCAGGCAGCCAUUGUGGUCUAUGAUAUAACAAAUGAGGAGUCAUUUGUACGGGCAAAGAACUGGGUUAAAGAGCUUCAGAGACAAGCCAGUCCAAAUAUUGUAAUAGCCCUGGCUGGGAACAAGGCUGAUCUCGCAAACAAGAGAGCACUGGACUUCCAGGAUGCACAGUCAUACGCAGAUGAUAACAGCUUGCUUUUCAUGGAAACAUCAGCAAAGACCUCUAUGAACGUGAAUGAGAUUUUCAUGGCCAUUGCAAAGAAGCUACCCAAGAAUGAGCCUCAGGCUGCCGGAGCCAGCAGUGGGCGAAACCGGGGAGUGGACCUGACAGAGACGGCUCAGCCCACCAGCCGUCCCUGCUGCAGUAACUAACCCAGCUUUUCCUGCUCAUCUUCCCCACACACAUCCCACCCUGCUCUGCUCCCCCCCUCUCUCUCAACUGAACAACAUCUGGACAUCGGGCUCCUCAGCUUCCUGACGUCAGUCAUGACCUUCAACCUCCCUCCCCUGGAAUAGCUAAAAGACUCUGUAUAGCUGCAUUUCUAAUACCUUUUUUGUUGAUGUUCUUUUUUUUUUUUUUUAAAACCUUUUUUAAGAAGUGUAUAUCAGUAUAAUGGAUGCAUGUAUCACUACAACGCCUAAAAAAACACACACAUUUUUAUCUCCUAUUCAGUUGGAAGACUAACCCCAAUUUAAGAAAGAAGAGCAAGCGAGAAACCUGUGAAUGUGUGAUUGUGUUUUUGUGUGAGUUUCGAGAAGUGAUUUGCUGAUGAGACAGUGUAGCCUCAUUUGUCACUUGACAGGGUUGACUGGAUGUUGCCUCUGGUAGUCUUUGAGUGCAGGUUAAAUUUUGCUCCCAAUAAGAAGAAAACCAAAUCGUUCCCAUCUUCAGAUGCCUGACUUCUCCGACUGUUUGUUGUGAACUGCUGGUGUGUGAAGACAGUGCCAGGAAAGGAUUGUCGUGAAAAACGAAGAUCCCCUCCCUCUUCUCAUCUGUUACACAAGGAGACAUGUUAAUCCAAAGCUCCUAAUGGAAAAUUGCAGAAAAUAAAUGUGGUACUGUGCAGUUUUAUUGAGCAUAGAAGAAAAAUGACCUUGAAACACAUCUGGCUACCCAUUAUGUGCAAACAUCUGUUGACAGACACGAGAGUGUGAUGUUGCUGUACAUCAUACUGAGCAGCAAAGUCUUCAUAUUGUGGAAAACUUGAGAGUUCUGGAACAUGAGGAAGCAGCACCUUCAAGCUCACGUAAGGCUGCUAUGACAGGAUUUUACAAAUUUGGCUUUGCUAUUUAAAGAAUGCUGUCAAGUUGCAGUGUCAUCACAGAAGUCUGAUGUUAAAUUUUGCAACUGACGCUGAAAACAAAACCAGCAGGAAGUCUGAAGACUGUAGAACAUCCUGCUCUGUCAGCUGUCUUGCAAAGACUCGAACAUACGACUAGUUGUAUGUUAAACUCUCGGCUUUGUGAAUCUGCUGUUUCCGUUCAGGCCAGUAGUCGACCUGCAUCAAUCUGGGUGGUCAGAAUCAAAGUGGGCGGUUGUUCUUAGAAUAGAGUUCAGACAACACACAAACAGAAAAUUGGACUACUAGCCAUUGUUGCAAGUCUGUGGAAAAAAGAAAAUAUACUCUAAUGUUGUUAUAGGGUGCAAUGUCGCAAUGUUGUCUUCUUCUUCUUCUUCCUUUAGUACAGCUUGCAGAGCUCCUGUGCUCACCAGGAAAUUUAUCUAGAGAUUCCGAACAAUUGUACAGUUCAACAUAGGGUCUGCUUUUUUAUUUUAUUUUUAUUUUUUAUUUUCAUUCUAGACCUUGUCACAAAUGGGUCAAAUGUUAAGCAGUGGUGGUCUUUUAGGUAUAUGUAGUGUUAUUAACAAAAUCCCUCUCUGGUGUCUUGUUACUUUUCUCAGAAAUGGUCCAUAGUCGUGUUUGAAAGGAACUUUUAUUGCAUUGCACAGUGUUGAUCAUGUUUUAAUUAUUGAUGACUGCCCUUCGAUUUUAUAUGACAGACUGUAUUGGACUUGCUAACCUACAGCUAUAAGCAGGUAGCAUAAUUAACCUAACUGGUGGUCUCUCUUACAGCUCAAUGAAUUUUAAUGAUGUAAAACAGCAUUACUAGUGAUGGGCUGAUCAGUUUUGAGUGUCUGAAUACAACUUAAUAAAUCCAAUAAAGAGG